AUGUGUGCAGUUUCUACCAGGGGUGAAUGGGAUAAUCCUGUGAAAGAUAAGGAAGCUGGAUCAUAGCAGUAGAAAUGGAUGAACAAGCUCUUUUGGGGUUAAAUCCAAGUGCUGAUUUAGACUUCAGGCAACGAGCAUUAGCCUAUUUUGAGCAGCUGAAGGUCUCUCCAGAUGCUUGGCAGGUGUGUGCUGAAGCUUUAGCCCAAAGAAUUUACAGUGAUGAUCACAUCAAGUUCUUCUGCUUUCAAGUUCUGGAGCAUCAAAUCAAAUACAAAUAUCCUCAGUUAACUGGAGUACAACAUCAGCUAAUUAGGGAAACACUCAUAGCAUGGCUCCAAGCUCAGAUGGUGAAUUCUCAACCAGAGAAGACGUUUAUACGAAACAAAGCAGCUCAAGUCUUUGCUUUGCUGUUUGUUGCUGAAUAUCUCACAAAAUGGCCCAAAUUUUUCUUUGAUAUUCUGUCAGUGGUAGGCCUUAAUCCUCGAGGAGUGGAUCUGUACCUCAGAAUCCUUAUGGCGGUUGAUGCUGAACUGGUAGAUAGAGAUGUUGUUCACACAUCUGAGGAGGCUCGCAGAAAUACCUUAUUAAAAGAUACCAUGAGGGAACAAUGCAUUCCAAGUCUAGUGGAAUCCUGGUACCAGAUCUUACAAACUUACCAGUAUACAAAUUCAGAGUUGACAUGUCAGUGCCUUGAAGUCGUGGGUGCGUAUGUCUCUUGGAUAGAAUUGAGCCUCAUUGCCAAUGACAGGUUUAUAAACAUGCUGCUAGGCCACAUGUCUGUAGAAGUUCUAAGGGAGGAAGCAUGUGACUGUUUGUAUGAAAUUGUAAAUAAAGGAAUGGAUCCAAUUGACAAAACAAAGCUGGUUGAGACGUUGUGUCAAGUAUUACAGUCUGCAGGCCUUUUCAGUAUUGACCAGGAAGAAGAUGUAGACUUCCUAGCCAGGUUCUCCAAAUUGGUCAAUGGAAUGGGACAGGCUUUGAUGGCUAGUUGGACUAAACUAAUGAAGAGUGAAGAUAUGAAGAAUGCUCAAGAUACUCUGCAAGCUAUUGAGGCAAAAGUGGCCCUUAUGUUGCAACUCCUGAUUCAUGAGGAUGAUGAUAUCUCUUCUAAUAUUAUUGGGUUUUGUUACGAAUAUCUACAUAUCCUGAAGCAGCUUCCCAUGCUUUCAGAACAGCAAAAGGCUAAUGUAGAGACAAUUAUGUUAGCAGUUAUGAAGAAAUUAACAUAUGAUGAGGAAUACAACUUUGAAAAUGAGGGUGAAGACGAAGCAAUGUUUGUAGAAUACCGAAAACAGCUCAAACUGCUGUUGGACAGGCUUGCGCAGGUUUCUCCUGAAUUGCUGUUGGUUUCUGUAUGCAGAAUUUUUAACACUACACUGCAGAAUUGGCAGGCAAAGCCAUUUAUGGAAGUAGAAGUAGCAAUAAGGCUACUCUAUAUGUUGGCUGAGGCUCUUCCAGUAUCUCAUGGUGCUCACUUUUCAGGUGAUACAAAAGCUAAUGCUCUUCAGGAUAUGAUGCGGACUUUGGUUACCUCAGGUAUUAGUGCUUAUCAGCAUACAUCCGUUACCCUGGAAUUCUUUGAGACUGUGGUCAGAUACGAAAAAUUCUUCACCAUUGAACCUCAGCACAUUCCAAAUGUUUUAAUGGCCUUCUUGGAUCACAGAGGUCUUCGCCAUACAAAUCCAAAAGUUCGAAGCAGAGUAGCUUACCUUUUCUCCAGAUUUGUAAAGUCUCUCAACAAACAAAUGAACCCCUUUAUUGAAGAUGUUCUGAACAGAAUACAGGAUCUACUAGAACUUUUUCCACCAGAAAAUGGCUACCAGGCUUUGCUAAGCAGUGAUGACCAACUGUUCAUUUAUGAGACAGCUGGGGUGCUAAUUGUGAACAGCGACUACUCCGCAGAACGGAAGCAGGCUUUAAUGAGAAAUCUUUUGACUCCUCUAAUGGAGAAGUUUAAAGUACUCUUAGAAAAGCUUUUGAUGGCACAAGAUGAAGACCGACAGAUGGCACUGGCUGAUUGUCUGAAUCAUGCUGUUGGCUUUGCAAGCCGUACUAGCAAAGCUUUCAGCAACAAGCAGACAGUAAAACAAUGUGGGUGCUCAGAAGUGUAUCUGGACUGCUUGCAAACGUUUCUACCAGCUCUGAGCUGUCCCUUACAGAAGGAGGUUCUUAGAAGUGGUGUCCGCACCUUUCUUCACCGAAUGAUUAUUUGUUUAGAGGAAGAAGUUCUCCCAUUCAUCCCUUCAGCCUCUGAAAAUAUGCUCAAGGACUGUGAAGCAAAAGACCUUCAAGAGUUCAUUCCUCUAAUAAACCAAAUCACAGCUAAGUUCAAGACCCAAGUCUCCCCAUUUCUGCAACAAAUGUUUAUGCCACUGCUGCGUGCUAUUUUUGAAGUCCUGCAUCGUCCAGCAGAAGAAAACGACCAGUCUGCUGCUUUGGAAAAGCAGAUGUUACGAAGGAGUUACUUUGCCUUUCUACAAACAGUUACAGGCAGUGGAAUGAGUGAAGUCAUAGCUAAUCAGGGUGCAGAGAAUGUAGAACAUGUAUUAUUCACAAUUAUACAAGGAGCUGUAGACAACCCAGACCCUAUUGCUCAGAAAACUUGCUUUAUUAUUCUUUCAAAAUUGGUGGAACUUUGGGGAGGCAAAGAUGGACCUGUUGGCUUUGCUGACUUUGUCUACAAGCACAUUGUCCCUGCAUGCUUCUUAGCACCUUUAAAGCAAACAUUUGACUUAGCAGAUGCACAGACAGUAUUGGCUUUGUCAGAGUGUGCAGUGACAUUAAAAACAAUUCAUCUCAAAAGGGGCCCUGAAUGUGUCCAUUAUCUUCAGCAAGAAUAUCUGCCUUCACUGCAGGUAUCGCCUGAAAUAAUACAGGAGUUCUGUCAAGCACUUCAGCAGCCUGAUGCUAAAGUUUUUAAAAACUACUUAAAGGUGUUCUUUCAAAGAGCAAAACCCUAAGAAGUCUACUGGAAUCUUUGCCUGCUUCCCAUAAUCAGGAACUCCAGAUAAUUAAUUAAUAUGAAUGCUAACUUCCGUGCCAUUCAGACUGAAUGAUAUUGCUUUGUGCUUACAUCAGUAUGCAUUUUAGCCUUUUUGUGUAAAAGUGCAAAUGAAACCUCCUGCAUUGUGUUGGCUGAUACAUGUAUGAUAUGUGGACAACUCAACUUGCUUGCAUACCUAUUUAAAACACUCUGUAAGAUAAAUUGUAUGCUGUAAGUAGUACAGCAGAAAUAAAAUACCUACUUUUUAUUUUGAAGUUUAACAAUGUAUAAAUUCCUUCAAAGUCCUUAGCAAUGGUUAUAAAUUGUGUACAUUUU